AAACGGGAUUCGAUUUCGUGCGCGAAGGCCGAAGAAGACUAGAAAAGGCGGGGGAAGGGCGCAAAGUGGCGAUGUUGGGAUGCCAAAUCUCGAAAAUUCAAUUGCAGCGUCAACGGCGCCGUUCAUAUCAAAGCAGAGCUUCAAGCUCGACCAGAAAAUCAACACAAGAGGGACGACGAAAUGGAGAUAGUUUAGACGGACGAAACUGCGAUUGAGGAAGAAAAGCAAGAAAUUGGAGGAGGAAAGUGCGAGAACAAGAAUCGUGGAGAGAUUGAGAAGAAACCGGCCAUAACUGUCAAGCUUUGAGCAAAUUCAGAGUUGAAGGAUCAUCUUCACGCUUUGUUAGAUCAUCAGGAGAUUUGGGUAUUCAUUUCUAGUGAUUUUUCCGGGUUAUUAUAAAAGGGAUAUGCCAUCAAGUGAAAAUGGGCGCAGAAAUAAGUCUCCAGUUUCUUUUAGCAACUGGAAUUUGGAUCUUCCCUAUUGAAGUUGCUUGGAAGGAAGAAUUAAAGCAAGAAGAGUUAAGAAUUGAUAAGGGAUCGUUUGACCUCAUGCCCACACACAUCCUUGAUCUACCCAGAGAAUUCCUUGAGUUCUUGUGCGAUCAUUUAUCGUUUAGAGAUCAAAUCCAGUUUGCUAGAUGCUGCAAGUCAUUGUACUCUUUGGCAUUUAGAAGGCCUAACCCUAAAGCAUGUGAGAAGCCAUGGCUUAUCGGACUCACUGAAAACCCUACUCUCUGUGGAAGAACAUACAACGAGGUAACAUACCAUCAGAUACAAGCAAAAUCAUUCAAGCAUUUUGAUCCACAUAUUAUUGGAUCCUUCAAGGGUUGGUUAUAUGUGCAAUAUAAAUUACACAGCUUAACUCAGCUUAUAAAUGUCUUCUCCAAUAUUCAUUAUGAUCUCCCACCUUUAUCUACUAUGAAGAAUUUUGUGCCUUCUGAGAUAAAGUACGUUAGAGCUUUUGCAGUAUCAUUUUGUAAAUUUAUGAGACCAACUAUGAUUGGAAUUGUUUCUGGUCUUGGAAGCUUAGCCUUGUUCAAGAUUGGAGGCAGGAACUGGAAAGGUCACAAAAGAGAAGAACGGUAUGUUAACCUGACAUUUUACAAUGUGAAAAUGUAUGCUAUGAGAAAGGAAUUUAACCAGGUUGACAUAUUUGAAAUUGACGACAAUUUGGAGCUUUCUCUUGUGGGUGUUAUAGAUUCUUCAGAAGUUAUUGAUGCUUCAUUACCAGUGCCUCCACCCUUCCAGGCCUACCUAGUGGUGGAUUCUAAAGAUAAUAAUCUUUUUGUUGUGUUACAACAUCGUAAGAUGUUUGGCUCUGUUUUGAUGGCCAUUGAGUUCGAGAUCUUUAAGACAAAAGAUGGAGAUCAAUUAGUGAAAGUGGAUGCGUUGGAUGGUCAAAUUGUGUUACUGAGUGACACAUGUUCUGAGAUUAUUGAUGUUAAAGAUUGCCUUUCUUCUGCAUUUUUCGGGGGAAACCAAAUAUGUUUCACUACUGGAUUUGAUCAUGAUUUUGGUAUUUAUUCCUUCAAUGAUAAAACUAUCAAAUGGUUAUUUCCAUUCAGGGAAAUGUAUUGUCUACAUUGGAUGUUUCCUAGAUUUGCAUCUUAUUGUGAAUCACAACCUUCAUCAUCAUCAUCAUAACUAU